GGGUGAGCGAGAGCUAGAGUGUGCGUGCACCCAGCGACACAUGGACACACAUUGACGGGAGGCACACAGCUGACCACUGGCAACUCUGAAGAGUGACAUAGUGAGAAAAAAACCCAGGAAGUGGCAGAGGAAGAAGAGGACAACAGAAGACUAACAACAUUCCCCUGGCAGAAGAGGGCACCAUCUAAGGACUGUAGAAUCCUUUCCCAAAACUGCAAACAGAGCGAGAGCUGUCGCGUGCGUGCGUGUGCCAACUUCAAUUUCACACACUCGCCCACUGUUCUUCAGCGCUUUGCCCUCUUGCCACUCCGAAAUGAUUCUCGGGGUUGCUGUUCUCCUCUGGAUCUGCGGACAUGGAGUCGACGCCAUGUUUUCCCAGCAGCCCCAGGACUUGGUGGUGGUGGCCGGCCAGCCUGUCACCUUGCCCUGCUCCAUCCCUGGUUACCACGGCGUUGUCCUGUGGAUCAAAGAUGGACUGGCGCUGGGUGUCGGCAGAGACCUAUCAGGCUAUCCUCGGUACACAGUGAUAGGAGAUCACAGCUCUGGGGAACACCAUCUCCGUAUUCAACGCGUGGAGCUGAUGGACGAUGCCGUCUUCGAGUGCCAGGCUAUCCAGGCUGCAAUGAGGUCACGUCCUGCCCGCCUCACCGUGCUGGUUCCGCCUGAGGACCCGGUCAUCAGCGGUGGUCCUGUGGUGAGCCUUAGGGCUGGAGACCCGCUGAACCUCACCUGCCACGCCGACAACGCCAAGCCUGCCGCCUCCAUCAUCUGGAUCCGUAACGGAGAGGUCCUGAAUGGGGCCAUGUACUCCAAGACCUUGCUUCGAGACGGGAGGCGAGAGAGCACAGUAAGCACCCUCUACCUGUCUGCCUCCAACAUCGAGACCGGACAGCAGAUCGUCUGCAAGGCCUCCAACAAGGCGGUCCCUAACGGCAAGGAGACAAGUGUCACCAUUGACAUCCAGCACUUGCCGCUUGUCAAUCUGUCAGUGGAACCCCAGCCUAUCCUGGAAGGCAAUCUGGUCAGGUUCUACUGCUCAGCCAAGGCAAAUCCCCCAGUGACGCAGUACAGGUGGGCCAAAGGGGGUCACGUCAUCAAGGAGAUCUCAGGGGACACCUACGAGGUCAUCGUGGACCACUCCUUCUUCACCGAGCCUGUCUCCUGUGAGGUGACCAACCCCCUGGGUAGCACCAACAUCAGCCGCAACGUGGACGUUUACUUUGGUCCCCGCAUGGCUGCAGAGCCGCAGUCACUGCAGGUGGACCUGGGGUCGGACGCCGUGUUCAACUGCGCCUGGACGGGGAACCCCUCCCUCACGAUAGUCUGGAUGAAGAGGGGAUCGGGAGUGGUCCUGAGCAACGACAACAUCCUGACGCUCAAGUCGGUGAGGCAGGAGGAUGCGGGGAAGUACGUGUGCCGUGCCGUGGUGCCGCGAGUGGGCGCCGGGGAGAAGGAGGUCUCUCUCACAGUGAAUGGCCCCCCGACCAUCUCCAGCACCCAGACUCAGCAGGCUCUACACGGGGAGAAGGGCCAGAUCAAGUGCUUCAUCCGGAGCACUCCACCUCCAGAUCGCAUCGCCUGGUCGUGGAAGGAGACGGUGCUGGAGUCUGGGACGUCUGGCCGCUACACCGUGGAGACGGUGUCCACCGAGGAGGGCGUCAUCUCCACCCUCACCAUGAGCAACAUCGUCCCGGCUGACUUCCAGACCAUCUACAACUGCACGGCGUGGAACAGCUUCGGCUCCGACACCGAGAUCAUCCGGCUCAAGGAACAAGAGUCUCUCCCGGUGGCGGUCAUCAUCGGCGUCGCCGUAGGUGCUUUGGUGGCGUUCAUUGUCCUCAUGGGCACCAUCGGAGCCUUCUGCUGUACGCGCUCUCAGAGAAAGGAUGCGCACCUGGUUAUGCCCUCACUGCCCGUCUCCAUCUGUGCUCACCAGAGAGAACUUGCAAGCAAAAUUAAAACAGAAAAUUUGAAAGGGGUGGUAUCGGCCAAGAACGACAUCCGCGUGGAGAUCGUCCACAAGGACCACAAUGCGGCCCGGGAGAACGAGGAGCACGCCGCCAUGAAGCAGCUCAUGGUGAGUGUGGAGCGGGGAGAGUUCCAGCAGGAGUCGGUGCUGAAGCAGCUGGAGGUGCUGCAGGAGGAGGAGAAGGAGUACCAGCAUAUCAAGGACCCCACCAACGGCUACUACAGCGUCAACACCUUCAAGGAGCACCACACGCCCACCAUCACGCUGGCGGGGAACCAGACGGCGGAGCUGCGCAACCCGGCCGCCACGGGCACGGUGGGCAAGCAGCGGGUCCCCACGGGCAUGUCCUUCACCAACAUCUACUCCACGCUGGGCGCGGGCCCCAACCGCCUGUACGACUACAGCCAGCGCUUCGUGCUGGGCAUGGGCAGCAGCUCCAUCGAGCUGUGCGAGCGCGAGUUCCAGAGGGGCUCGCUGAGCGACUCCAGCUCCUUCCUCGACACGCAGUGCGACAGCAGCGUGAGCAGCUACAGCAAGCAGGACGGCUACGUCCAGUUCGACAAGGACAGCAAGGCCUCCGCCGCCUCCUCCUCCUCCCACUACUCCCAGUCCUCGUCCCAGAACUCGGACCUGACCAGGCCGCUGCAGAAGCGCAUGCAGACACACGUCUGACCCGACCCUGGAGGACGCGUGG